CCAAAGUCUCAACCCUACAAACCAAAGUUAUAGAAAUCCACUUGAUUUUCAAGUCCUCCGUGAUCUAUUGCCAGAUUUGUGUAAACAAAUCAUGGGUUUUCGUUUACCUGGUAUUGUUCAAGCUAAGAAACUUCUUCGAAAGCCUUCAUGUCCUGCAAGCCAAUCAUCUGCAGUAGCCAUUAAUGUCCCAAAGGGCUAUCUUGCAGUUUAUGUUGGAGAGAACAAAAGAAAGAGAUUUGUAAUACCAGUAUCAUACUUGAACCGCUCUUCAUUUCAAAACUUGCUACGUCAAGCUGAAGAAGAAUUUGGAUUUGACCAUCCAAUGGGUGGGCUCACAAUUCCCUGUAAAGAAGACAUCUUCAUUGAUCUCAUUUCUCACAUAGAUGAGCUAUGAGAGAGGACACUAACAAAUUAUCUGUAAAUCCAAUUUUAUAGAGUUAACAUAUUUUAAUACCCUCCAAAAUUUUGUUCUUUUUCCUCCUUGAGGAGAGGAAAUGUAUUUACCAGUAAGGAAAAUGUACGCAUUCUCAACCGAAAUAGUAGUAAAAAGCAUCACGGAAUGGAAAUUUUUGUUCUUCAUGUUCAA